AUGAUAUUGAGACUCAAGGAAUGCACCAACAAUGACCUGAUAUUGAGACUCAAACUAUGCCCCGGAACACAACAUCAUAGCGAAGAUUUCCAAGAUGAAGAUGAUGGGUUUGUUUUUUCUUAUAUGGAUCAUGUACUAAAGACAAUUAAUGAUUUGCGAUGUUCAAACUACACUAAUCAACAAAUCAUCAAUACUUUAGGUUUAACUGAAUCUCAACUUCAGAAAUUCCUAGCCUUCAAACUAGUCCCAGUGGACUUACAACCAAUCAAAGUGGUUCAUGGUCAGGAAGACGAGGAAGACGAGGAAGCUGAGGAAGUUGAUGCAGUUGAGGAAUGGGAGGAAGAUGAGGAAGGUUCCGCCACUGCUUCUACCACAUGUUCUUCCAUAAAAUCUUCAAAUCCAUCAUGGUUGAAUACAUUUCCAUGGUGGUAA